AACCCCGUGGCGGUUUUCUUACCUCGGUCUCUGCCCCCUCUUUUCUAGCGAUGGUCCGAUCUGUCGAAUCUGCCACGAAGGUGGGAACGGGGAAGGCCUGCUUUCGCCCUGCGACUGCACCGGCAGCUUGGGCACCGUCCACAGGAGCUGCCUGGAGAAGUGGCUGUCUUCCUCCAACACCAGCUACUGCGAGCUUUGCCACACGGAGUUCAUGGUGGAACGGCGGCCCCGGCCUCUGACGGAGUGGCUCAAGCACCCCGGACCCCGGAACGAGAAGCGGACGCUGUUCUGCGACAUGGCCUGCUUCCUCUUCAUCACCCCGCUGGCGGCCAUCUCGGGCUGGCUCUGCCUGCGCGGCGCCCAGGACCACAUGCAGUUCAACAGCCACCUGGAGGCCAUUGGCCUCAUCGCCCUGACCAUCGCCCUUUUCACCAUCUACGUCCUCUGGACACUGGUCAGUGCUCACGGGCUCGGCCGGCUCGCCUCGUGGUUUCCCAUGCUGGCAGUCUUGGCUACACUGGGCGGUUACCCCUCUUUGGCUGGG